AUGGAGCCUCUCGACCUUGUCGAGUUCAAAGUCGAGGACACACCUGGUGCAGACGUCUACUAUGUGCCGAAUUUCAUUAAUGCUGGCCUUGCUGAUGCCUGGUAUGAACAACUUGAAGAACUUCAAUUUUACCAUCCAACAUUGAAAGUCUACGGCAAAUCCGUGAGACAAAACCGGUCCAUCGCUGCCUAUUCGUCCUCGGACUCUCUGGAGUUCAAGUAUUCCGGCCACCAAGUUGACAUGAAACGCGCGACAGACAUCCCACCCAUACUUUCCACAAUCUGGCAGCACGUCUCUGCCCGUCUUGGCCUCCAGUUCAACUGCAUCCUCAUAAAUCGGUACGCCAACGGAGACGAAAAUAUAGGGAAGCACCGUGACGGCAAAGAGAAUGGGGUGAUCGCGAGUCUCUCUCUCGGCGCCGUCCGCAAGUUCCACCUGAUACCAAAUCGCACUGACACUGGUGCAACGACGAAGAAAUGGCCGCUCGCAAACGGGAGCCUGCUCGUUAUGCGUGGCGCAACCCAAGAUAACUGGAAACACGAAAUACCCAAAGAGCCUGAGGUCAAGCAUGGCCGAAUAUCGUUGACAUUUAGACAGCUGCCGGAGGCCGUGGCGAAAGGGCAAAGACCCACAUGUCUAUCUCCUUUCCGAUCAUAUCUCUACCUGCUUCACUGA